AUGAAACAAGUUCUAGAAUUGGAAUUAUUAACAAAUAUAGAUUUUAGAGGAAAUCCAAUUAAAUCACUUGAUGAAGAAAAUUUAAUUUUUGAAGAAAUUUUAGAUAAAUGUUCAAAUGUUUGGUUUAUUAAUGGUGCAACUACUUUAGCAUCUCCUUUAAUAGAAGAUGAUAAACAUUCUAUAAAUGGUAAUACAUCUAUUAAUAAUAGUUUUGAAUUAUCUUUACAAUCUAAUAAUAAUAAUACAAAUAAUAAUAUUACAAAUAAUAUAAUUAAUAACAAUGAUAAAAAUGUAAAUGAUGAAAAAUUAAAAUCAGCAGAAGAAUUAUUAAAGAAACAUAGUUAUAUUAUUGAACAUUUAAAAACACAUAAAACUAAUAUUCCAACAUUUAGUAAUACUACCAUUACAAAUAAUACAUUGAUCAAUAAUAACAAUUCUAAUAAUAACAUUACAUCCAAUAAUAGUAAUAAUACUACAAUAUCAACUCUAACCAAUCAAUCAACAACUAUCACUUCCACUACUCCAACUACAACAACAACAACAAUAUAUAAUGAUCCAGCAAUACUAAAGAAUUUAGCUAAUUUUGCAAAAGCAAGAAGUAAAAGAAGUGAUAGUUGUCCAACUAUACCUUCACCUAAUAGUAGUAAAUCAUAUCAACAACAAGAUUUAAAUCCAAUACGUGAUGAUAAUGAGGAUGUUGUUGUUCAACAUUUAACACAUUCAAUUUCUUCAAAUUUAUUUGAAAAUAUUUCUAAAAGUCUUGAAAAGGAUAAAAACUCAUUAAAAUUAAUGGAAGUUAAAAAUUUUGAACGACAAGUCAGAAAUAGACAACAAUCAAGAGCAUUACAAUUAGAACAAGAUAAAUUUGAUUUAAAUCAAGAAGAUUCAUUUUUAUCAAAUUAUCAAUCUAUUUUAUCACAACAGAAAAAGAAUACUAUAAAUAUCAAUAAUGCUAUCAUUAAUACAAAUAGUAAUACAUUUAAUAAUUUAUUAUUGAAUAAAGAAGAUGAUGAAGAAUUAUCCUCUCCACCAAUUGAAACAGUUAAAGUUGAAUUACCUUCAUUAAUGGAAAAAGCAUCAACAAUUACUUUACAAAAAUUACAGGUAUUAAUUGAUUCAAAUACUGCACCACCAACACCACCUUGUAAACAAAGUAUUACACCACCAAAAGAAUUAAUUACAACUCCUCAAAAUAAUGGUAUUAACUCUAAUAAUAAUUCAUCCAAUCAACAAGUUUCACCCACAUUGAGUACAACUUCAAGUUCAUCAUCUAAUUCUAGUAAUAAUAAUACUAAAAAUAAUUAUAAUAAUAAUAAUUCAACAUUGAAUAUUUCUGCAAUUCCACAUUCAUUGAAUCAAUCAAAUAUUUCAAACAUUUCAAUGAAUUUAUCACAAAUUAAUACAAGCUUUUUUAAUUCAACACCAACAACACAAGCAACAAAUAUUACAAUCAAUUCAAAUGUCAAUUCUAAUUCUUCAAAUGUAACAAAUAGAGCUUUAUCAAUUAAGGAAAGAGCAAAACAAAAUAUGUUAAAGAAAUUAAAUAUGUAA